UCUGGGCUUUUAUACUUGAUAGAUUUUACACAAUUUAGUGCAUUGAAAAAUAACUUGAAACAGAAGAGCAAAGCAGAUGGAAGCUAUUUUAUCUGUAUUUUGUGCCUCCAAAGUUUUGAAGGGUUUAUUUUGUUUCUAGAAUCUGAAAUUUGAGAAGAGUGACACUUUAUCCCUGAGUCACCCAAGGAAGGAAGAGUGCUUCUUUGGGGAGUGUCCCUCUAGGAGAGGAAGGUGACUUGAGUAUAUAAGGACUCCAGAGCUUACAUAGGCCUCUGAAUAGUUUAGAAUAGAAGUUCCUUGAGGGUAUGGAAUACAACUUUGUUGUUGGAUUUGGUUUAUAACAGUUUCAUCUGAGUAAGUAAUAAAUACUAGAAAUUCAGGAGACCCCCAUCUUUUCAUCUCGCUCCCUGAUCAUUUCCCUUAGGAAUGGUUAUGAACAUCACCUAGUCUGUUUGUGCCACAGAUUUUCUGGAGGGAAAAAUAACCAUGUUAUGGAAGUAACUAGACUUCCUUUGUUGUGAAGAUUGUGAAUACAGGUUGAGAGUGAGAUGGUUUGGUCUGGCCGCUCCUUAGAGCGGUGAUUGAUUAACGCUGUCUGUGUUGCCGUUUCUUCCAGAGCUGACCUGUCCUGGACGCAGCAUAGCUAACGAAGCUGCUGCAGGAUGAGAAGAUGGCAGCACAGCUGCUUGCACCACCAGGCCCUGAUAGUUUCAAGCCUUUCACUCCCGAGUCGCUGGCAAACAUUGAGAGGCGCAUUGCGGAGAGCAAACUCAAGAAACCCCCAAAGGCUGAUGGCAGCCAUCGGGAAGAUGAUGAGGACAGCAAGCCCAAGCCAAACAGUGACCUGGAAGCAGGGAAGAGUUUGCCUUUCAUCUAUGGGGACAUCCCACAAGGCCUGGUUGCGGUUCCCCUGGAGGACUUUGACCCAUACUAUUUGACGCAGAAAACCUUUGUAGUAUUAAACAGAGGGAAAACUCUCUUCAGAUUUAGUGCCACGCCUGCCUUGUACAUUUUAAGUCCUUUUAACCUGAUAAGAAGAAUAGCUAUUAAAAUUUUGAUACAUUCAGUAUUUAGCAUGAUCAUUAUGUGCACUAUUUUGACCAACUGUGUGUUCAUGACUUUUAGUAACCCUCCUGACUGGUCGAAGAAUGUGGAGUACACGUUCACAGGGAUUUAUACAUUUGAAUCACUAGUGAAAAUUAUUGCAAGAGGUUUCUGCAUAGAUGGCUUUACAUUUUUACGAGAUCCAUGGAACUGGUUAGAUUUCAGUGUCAUCAUGAUGGCAUAUGUGACAGAGUUUGUGGACCUGGGCAAUGUCUCAGCGCUGAGAACAUUCAGGGUUCUCCGAGCUUUGAAAACUAUCUCUGUAAUUCCAGGCCUGAAGACAAUUGUGGGUGCCCUAAUUCAGUCUGUGAAAAAGCUGUCAGAUGUGAUGAUCCUGACAGUGUUCUGCCUGAGUGUUUUUGCCUUGAUCGGACUACAGCUGUUCAUGGGAAACCUGCGAAACAAGUGUGUUGUGUGGCCCAUAAACUUCAACGAGAGCUAUCUUGAAAAUGGCACCAGAGGCUUUGAUUGGGAAGAGUAUAUCAACAAUAAAACCAAUUUUUAUAUAAUUCCUGGCAUGCUGGAACCUUUGCUCUGUGGGAACAGUUCUGAUGCUGGGCAAUGCCCAGAGGGAUACCAGUGUAUGAAAGCAGGAAGGAACCCCAACUAUGGUUAUACAAGCUUUGACACUUUUAGCUGGGCCUUCUUGGCAUUGUUUCGCCUUAUGACCCAGGACUACUGGGAAAACUUGUAUCAGCUGACCUUACGAGCAGCUGGGAAAACGUACAUGAUCUUCUUUGUCUUGGUCAUCUUCGUGGGUUCAUUCUAUCUGGUGAACCUGAUCUUGGCUGUGGUGGCCAUGGCUUAUGAAGAACAGAAUCAGGCAACACUGGAAGAGGCAGAGCAGAAAGAGGCUGAAUUCAAAGCAAUGUUGGAGCAACUUAAGAAACAACAAGAAGAAGCACAAGCUGCUGCAAUGGCCACUUCAGCAGGAACUGUCUCAGAAGACGCCAUAGAGGAAGAAGGUGAAGAUGGGGUAGGCUCUCCUCGGAGCUCAUCUGAAAUUUCUAAACUCAGUUCAAAGAGUGCCAAGGAAAGACGUAACAGAAGAAAGAAGAGGAAGCAAAAGGAACUCUCUGAAGGAGAAGAGAAAGGAGAUCCUGAGAAGGUAUUUAAAUCAGAGUCAGAAGAUGGUAUGAGGAGAAAAGGCUUUCGGCUGCCAGACAACAGAAUAGGGAGAAAAUUUUCCAUCAUGAAUCAGUCCCUGCUCAGCAUUCCCGGCUCCCCGUUCCUCUCCCGCCACAACAGCAAAAGCAGCAUCUUCAGUUUCAGGGGGCCCGGGCGGUUCCGAGACCCGGGCUCGGAGAACGAGUUUGCGGAUGAUGAGCACAGCACCGUAGAGGAGAGCGAGGGCCGCCGGGACUCGCUGUUCAUCCCCAUCCGGGCCCGCGAGCGGCGCAGCAGCUACAGCGGCUACAGCGGCUACAGCCAGGGCAGCCGCUCGUCGCGCAUCUUCCCCAGCCUGCGGCGCAGCGUGAAGCGCAACAGCACGGUGGACUGCAACGGCGUGGUGUCCCUCAUCGGCGGCCCCGGGUCCCACAUCGGCGGGCGUCUUCUGCCAGAGGUGAAAAUAGAUAAGGCAGCUACUGAUGACAGUGCAACAACUGAGGUGGAAAUUAAGAAGAAAGGCCCUGGAUCUCUCUUAGUUUCCAUGGAGCAACUGGCUUCCUAUGGACGAAAGGACAGAAUCAACAGUAUCUUGAGUGUUGUUACAAAUACACUAGUAGAAGAGCUGGAAGAGUCUCAGAGAAAGUGCCCGCCAUGCUGGUAUAAAUUUGCUAACACUUUCCUCAUCUGGGAGUGUCAUCCCUACUGGAUAAAACUGAAAGAGAUUGUGAACUUGAUAGUUAUGGACCCUUUUGUGGAUUUAGCAAUCACCAUCUGCAUUGUCCUGAAUACACUGUUUAUGGCAAUGGAGCACCAUCCCAUGACGCCAGAAUUUGAGCAUGUCUUGGCUGUUGGAAAUCUGGUUUUCACUGGAAUUUUCACAGCGGAAAUGUUCUUGAAGCUCAUAGCCAUGGAUCCCUACUAUUAUUUCCAAGAAGGCUGGAACAUUUUUGACGGAUUUAUUGUCUCCCUCAGUUUAAUGGAACUGGGUCUAGCAGACGUGGAGGGGCUUUCGGUGCUGCGAUCUUUCCGAUUGCUCCGAGUCUUCAAACUGGCCAAAUCCUGGCCCACCCUGAACAUGCUGAUCAAGAUUAUUGGAAAUUCAGUGGGUGCUCUGGGCAACCUGACCCUGGUGUUGGCCAUUAUUGUCUUCAUCUUUGCCGUGGUGGGGAUGCAGCUAUUUGGAAAGAACUACAAAGAGUGUGUCUGCAAGAUCAACCAAGACUGUGCACUCCCUCGCUGGCACAUGCAUGACUUUUUUCAUUCCUUCCUCAUUGUCUUUCGAGUGUUGUGCGGGGAGUGGAUCGAAACCAUGUGGGACUGCAUGGAGGUGGCAGGCCAGGCCAUGUGCCUCAUUGUCUUUAUGAUGGUCAUGGUUAUUGGCAACUUGGUGGUGCUGAACCUAUUUCUGGCCUUGCUCCUGAGCUCCUUCAGUGCAGACAAUCUGGCAGCCACGGACGAUGAUGGGGAAAUGAACAACCUACAGAUCUCGGUUAUCCGGAUCAAGAAGGGUGUGGCUUGGAUCAAACUAAAAGUACGUGCCUUCAUGCAGGCCCACUUCAAGCAUCGCGAGGCUGAUGAAGUGAAACCUCUGGAUGAGCUAUAUGAAAAGAAGGCCAACUGCAUCGCCAACCACACUGGUGCAGACAUCCACCGGAAUGGCGACUUCCAGAAGAAUGGCAAUGGCACAACUAGUGGCAUUGGCAGCAGUGUGGAGAAGUACAUCAUUGACGAGGACCACAUGUCCUUCAUCAACAACCCCAACCUGACUGUGCGGGUACCCAUUGCUGUUGGCGAGUCUGAUUUUGAGAACCUCAACACAGAGGAUGUUAGCAGCGAGUCGGAUCCUGAAGGCAGCAAAGAUAAACUGGAUGAUACCAGCUCGUCUGAGGGAAGCACCAUCGAUAUCAAGCCAGAAGUAGAAGAGGUCCCCGUGGAACAGCCAGAGGAAUACUUGGAUCCAGACGCCUGCUUCACGGAAGGUUGUGUCCAGCGAUUCAAGUGCUGCCAGGUCAACAUUGAGGAAGGGCUAGGCAAGUCGUGGUGGAUCCUACGGAAAACCUGCUUCCUUAUCGUGGAACACAAUUGGUUUGAGACCUUCAUCAUCUUCAUGAUCCUGCUCAGCAGUGGCGCCCUGGCCUUUGAGGACAUCUACAUUGAGCAGAGAAAGACCAUUCGUACCAUCCUGGAAUAUGCUGACAAAGUCUUCACCUACAUCUUCAUCCUGGAAAUGUUACUUAAGUGGACAGCCUAUGGCUUCGUCAAGUUCUUCACCAAUGCCUGGUGCUGGCUGGACUUCCUCAUUGUGGCUGUCUCUUUAGUCAGCCUUAUAGCUAAUGCCCUGGGCUACUCGGAACUAGGUGCCAUAAAGUCCCUUAGGACCCUAAGAGCUUUGAGACCCUUAAGAGCCUUGUCACGAUUUGAAGGGAUGAGGGUGGUGGUGAAUGCCUUGGUGGGCGCCAUCCCCUCCAUCAUGAAUGUGCUGCUGGUGUGUCUCAUCUUCUGGCUGAUUUUCAGCAUCAUGGGCGUUAACCUGUUUGCGGGAAAGUACCACUACUGCUUUAAUGAGACUGCCGAAAUCCGGUUUGAAAUUGAAGAGGUCAACAAUAAAACGGAGUGUGAAAAGCUCAUGGAGGGGAACAAUACAGAAAUCAGAUGGAAGAACGUGAAGAUCAACUUUGACAACGUUGGGGCAGGAUAUCUGGCCCUUCUUCAAGUGGCAACCUUCAAAGGCUGGAUGGACAUCAUGUAUGCCGCUGUAGAUUCCCGAAAGCCUGAUGAACAGCCUAAGUAUGAGGACAAUAUCUACAUGUAUAUCUACUUUGUCAUCUUCAUCAUAUUCGGCUCCUUCUUCACCCUGAACCUGUUCAUUGGUGUCAUCAUUGAUAACUUCAAUCAACAAAAGAAAAAGUUUGGAGGUCAGGACAUCUUCAUGACUGAAGAACAGAAGAAGUACUACAAUGCCAUGAAAAAGCUGGGCUCGAAGAAACCACAGAAACCCAUUCCCCGUCCCCUGAACAAAAUUCAAGGUAUCAUCUUUGAUUUUGUCACUCAACAAGCCUUUGAUAUUGUUAUCAUGAUGCUCAUCUGCCUUAACAUGGUAACAAUGAUGGUGGAGACAGAUACUCAGAGCAAACAGAUGGAGGACAUUCUAUACUGGAUUAACUUUGUCUUCGUCAUCUUCUUCACCUGUGAGUGUGUGCUCAAAAUGUUUGCCUUGAGGCACUACUACUUCACUAUUGGCUGGAACAUCUUCGACUUCGUAGUAGUCAUCCUCUCCAUUGUGGGAAUGUUCCUGGCUGAUUUAAUUGAGAGAUAUUUUGUUUCCCCAACCCUAUUCCGAGUCAUCCGAUUGGCCCGUAUUGGGCGCAUCUUGCGUCUGAUCAAAGGCGCCAAAGGGAUUCGUACCCUGCUCUUUGCCUUAAUGAUGUCCUUGCCUGCCCUGUUCAACAUUGGCCUUCUGCUCUUCCUGGUCAUGUUCAUUUUCUCCAUCUUUGGGAUGUCCAAUUUUGCAUAUGUGAAGCAUGAGGCCGGCAUUGAUGACAUGUUCAACUUCGAGACAUUUGGCAACAGCAUGAUCUGCCUCUUUCAGAUCACCACCUCAGCUGGCUGGGACGGCCUGCUGCUGCCCAUCCUGAACCGCCCCCCUGACUGCAGUCUGGAUAAGGAGCACCCCGGGAGUGGCUUUAAGGGAGACUGCGGGAACCCCUCCGUGGGCAUCUUCUUCUUCGUAAGCUACAUCAUCAUCUCCUUCCUGAUUGUUGUGAACAUGUACAUUGCCAUCAUCUUGGAGAACUUCAGUGUAGCCACAGAGGAGAGUGCAGACCCUCUGAGUGAGGAUGACUUUGAGACCUUUUAUGAGAUCUGGGAGAAGUUUGACCCCGAUGCCACUCAAUUCAUUGAGUACUACAAGCUGGCGGACUUUGCAGAUGCCUUGGAGCACCCUCUCCGUGUGCCCAAGCCCAAUACCAUCGAGCUCAUUGCCAUGGAUCUGCCAAUGGUGAGUGGGGACCGUAUCCACUGCUUGGACAUCCUUUUUGCCUUCACCAAGCGGGUCCUGGGAGAUAGCGGAGAGUUGGACAUCCUUCGGCAGCAGAUGGAGGAGCGGUUCGUGGCAUCCAAUCCUUCCAAAGUGUCUUACGAGCCAAUCACGACCACACUGAGGCGCAAACAGGAGGAGGUGUCUGCAGUGGUCCUACAGCGCGCCUACCGGGGACAUUUAGCCAGGCGAGGCUUCAUUUGCAAAAAGACCACAUCCAAUAAGCUGGAGAAUGGAGGCACACACCGGGAGAAAAAAGAAAGCACCCCCUCUACAGCCUCCCUCCCAUCCUAUGACAGUGUAACUAAACCUGAAAAGGAGAAACAGCAGCGGGCGGAGGAAGGAAGAAGGGAAAGAGCCAAAAGACAAAAAGAGGUCAGAGAAUCCAAGUGUUAGAGGAAAGUAAAAAUUAAAUAUUGUACAGAUUUAAAACUUGCAAGUGAAAGAUUGUUUACAGACUUCCUGAAUAUUAUCAAUGCAGAACAGCUGCGGAGACACUUGACCUGAAGACCUAUACCAAACGUAGUCUGCUUACCGUGUAACACAGUUGCAUCUUGAGCAGUGACCUGCCAAGGGCAAAGGACCCUGCUCCCUGGAUUCAAAGAUUUUCUAAUGCUUGGGCAGGUGGUUACUGCAUGUUCCACAUCAGUCAAUGCAACUUAGGACAAACCUAACAGGAUACAAAAACAGAGGAGAGGCUGCCGGGACCACCAUAUUUCUGUUGCAGCCAAAUGGAUUUUAUUUUUUCAUUUUGUUGAUUCUCAGAAGCAGAAAGCAUCACUUUAAAAGUUUGUUUGUUCAUGCAAACUAAAUUUGCAUUCUUACAUUAGUUAAGCUAAGCAGCAAAAAGAAAAAACACACACACUCAUAUUUAGCCCAUGUCAUUUAAUUGUCAGUUUCUUUGAUAUAAACCGCAUCUUCUCCACAUGGGCUUCACAUGGUUUGGAGAUGGGUGGGGGAAAACAAUCAGGUUUCCUCAGGCUGAGGAGGACUUGCUCAGGCCAGUUCCAAACAUUGUGCUCAUUCAAUGCGUAGAAAUGAUUUGCAUGAUGGCAUGCCGUGAUCAGAAGUCAUGCAUGAGAACCAUACACCACAGGACACUACUAAUCCUCUCCCCUGCACUGGGUCAGCCUUUGGCCAGGACCUAGCCCUAAACUGUUCACUGUAUUUGGAGAAAAUGGUAAAAAUUUCCAUACCCGCUGCAAUUCUUUAUGAAUUCUUAAAAGUCUUUCACACACCUUCUGGGGUGGGAAACAACCAACCAACUAAUUGAGAACCACCACCACCAACAGAAAAAAACCCCAACCAACAAGCAGAUGGAUCCGUUGUGUGUAUAUGUUUAACAGACAUCUCUAUAACAUACAGCCAUUGUUGCACAUUUUGAAAGAUGAACUAUUUAAUGCUGCUCUGUGUCCUGUACAUGGGGAGACCUCAAUCCCAAAUGGCUUGUAUUAAAUAAUGUCACUGUAAAACCAAAUCCUAGGGCUAAAACAAAACAAAAAGUUCAUUUGUAUCUUACAAUAUUUAUGAUGAUUGUUUAGCCUUCAUACUGGAGAAUUGACACUUAUUUGGGGUAGAGAUAAAAAUGCUAUUCAAAGUAGCAUGUUAUCUCUAGGGGGUAAUUUGGGGAACUUAAAACAACCUUUCGUUGGGGGUUAAGGGGUGCUCACUUCAUUUAGUAUCAUGUCCUUUCUGCCUUGCGGCUUUCUCUCGGCUUGGGUCAAUACAGAGAGGGGUUCGGAUGUUCUGAACUGGCCUCUGUCUUCGCCAGAGGGGCUGUCACAGGCUCAUACGCUGCAUGAUCCCUCUUACCUCCAUCUCACUGUUCCACCAAGCAGGGCUUCCCUUACCCGUGGUGGGUGAGGGCAGCAGCACUGGGGCUGUGGCUGUGCUUUCUUUUGUUUAUUAUUAGAAUAAAUACUCGCUGGUGGGACCUGAGGUAGAAAUGGAACCGCCUCUGAACCAAGCCCACUUGGUUUCUUUACGUCACUGGUUUUCAUGAGAAAGUGAUCUAAUAUAAAUUCUUUCAGAUGUUCCAACUUCCCCGAGCACAUUCUCUUUCAGCCAGUUUUGCUAUCUGCUUAGCGACCUGCCCAUUGUCAUUGGAGGGUGGCUUUUGGGGGAGCGUCAUAUGUCCCAUCUCCUGCUUUAGAAAAGACAGUUUUUAGUCCAGGAGUUUCUCAUCAGCUGACUAGAUUUCAAAGCCAACAUACCGCAGUUGGAUGUGUCAGGAAGUCUAUACAGAGUGUGAGGAGAGAUCUUAGCUUGUGAACCAAAUGAAAAUAAAUUCUUCCAGAGUCAUAAAAUGGAGGGGGUGGGGAAAAUAACAACCCAUAAUCAGACACACCACUCUGCCUUGCAGUAAAAGCGCUUUGGGUGUGAUUUCACAGUCCACCUGACUAGUUUUGCAUAGAACAAACCACAGCAAGUCAGGAAGCAGAGCUCUCUAUCUUGUUGGACCAUUACAAACUCUGUCCAGCUCUCUUAAGCCUGCUUCUGGGGCACCAUCUGUAGAAUUUUCGUACUACACCUGAUACCUGAUUGGGAAGGCAUUUCUUUCGGAGACCCUGCUAGCUGCUAGGAUGAAUGUAUACUUACAUGUACAGGCUACAUUGUAAACAGCACAAAACAAGCUGACACGUGUGGUUAUUUUUAAGAGAAUUAUAAAUACUGUAAUAUAUAAUUUUAUUUUAUUGGCAUGCCUUUUUGUAAAUACAAAUUAUUAACUUAUUAAAUAGGAAAUGGCUUCUGGCUUAUGCCAUUGUCAUGUUUAUUUUUAUUUUUUAUACUUUUGUUUCUUCUUAGAACUUAGAUGCUGUCAGCCAAUGUACAUCCCCAAACCAGACAGACAGACAAAAAAUUUUUUAUUGCUAAUGGUCUUUUCCAAAACAACAAAAAAUAUAUAUAUUUUUGUUCCAAUGUGCAAUAAAUUCUAACCACUUCUAUGCAAGAUUUGGCUAAACUUCAUAAUUGUUCUUAGGUCUUGAGAGGGGCAACAGAGCUAUACAAUCCCGCUUGGUACACCAAAUGCUUGCGCUAGUGAUGUCAUUAAGCUACUAGAGCAUCUUAAUGAGGUUUUUUCUGAGAGCUGACCUUUUUCCUCCCCCAGAUCCGGAUCCCAGCCCAGCAGGUUAUCUCCUCAGUAAUACAUGGGCCUUGGUAUCUGACACCAUCAGCCAGCUUCAUAGGGAAGAAGCCACCUCCACUGUGUU